GUCCGAGGUAAGUGAUGCAGAGGAACAGUUAGCAGCAGACAGACAGGGGGAACAAGAAGCUGACACAGGAGUUUGAUCAAUUAGUAAGGGAAAAUUUUGGUCCUGAGGACGAGCCUGAAGACACUCAGGAUGUGGUGGUGGAUAGUAGUGCUUCUUCAGGUAACGGGGAUGACCUGGGAAUGACCAGUCGUGCCCCUGGGGACAAAGCACCCACAUACUCCAGUGCAGACUUGGAAACCAUUAAUGUGGCAGAAAUGGAAUGGGACUGUUCAGUCCCCACAGAGCCUACAGAAAAGAAGUAAGAGGAACACAACACUUACCUCCUUGCCAUGGCCUAGUCAGUGGUACCAAUGGGCAACUUACACGGCAGGAAUGAAGAAGAGACGGAAUUGCUACCUGUGCUCAAGGGCAAGCCCCGCUCAGCAUGUAGUUCCCAUGCCUUAUAACUCCUCCACUUGCACGCGGUGGCAAAGAGAGUAUAGGGAGCGAUGUGAACGACAGUGUCCAGGUUUGAUUAAGGCUUGUUUCCUGAAGCUUUGUGUUAAAACAGAUCCCUGCUAUCAAAGCUGUAUGAGAAAUGCACCAAUGUGCCCAUAUUGGUGUAUGUUAUAUCAGGCUUCCCUGCAGUUUGAUCAACACAAGCUUGCCUCUGACUGCAACUACAGCAGACCAUGGGCUAUAAACAAAAGAAGCCAGACACCUACACUGGAACAGCUUAUAAUGCAGUAUCAGUUGAGCUAUGAAUGUUUUACACUGACAGGUGCUUGUCCAGUGGGUCAUUGCAGAGGUAACUGCACUCAGAUGUGGGAUGUGACCCCAGGCGAAAGACACGUAGUAGGUUCCCCUCCACCCGAAGGUACAUUGGACGCACAGACCAUCCCCUUAGCAGACACCUGGUGGCUGUGUGGUGAGGAAGGGGGUCUGAGACCCACACUUCCUCUCAAUUGGGCAGGUACGUGUACACGUGUUAUGCUACUUCAAGAAGUUAUAGUAUCCCCAGAAGUACACUUCAACACUGAUAUCUCUGAAAAGCAGACACUAUUGCGGAAAAGGAGAAAAUAUGAACCGGACUGGACGAUCUGGAUAGAUAGUAUAGAACAGCCGAGAGGUAUACCUAACAAAUUUAAGGCGAGGAAUGAGAUUGCUGCAGGCUUCGAAGCACUUCUACCCUUGAUAGGAACUAUUAAGGAUGUUGAAUGGAUAAAUUAUAUAUAUUACAAUCAGCAAAGAUUCAUCAACUACACCGAUGAUGCAUUGGAGGCCUUGGGACAAUGGUUAGAUGCAACUAGCAAAAUGGCGUGCGCAGAAUAGACAAGCAUUGGACUGGCUGUUGGCAGAAAAAGGAGGAGUUUGUAUGAUGUUUGGAGAGCAGUGCUGUACUUUUAUACCAAAUAACACUAGUCCAGAAGAAUCGUUUACUAAGGCAAUGUAUAAGUUGAAAAGUCUCAGAAAGGAAGUUAAACAGAAUGCAGGGUUUGGACAUCAGUUAUUCAACUGGUUAGAAAGUAGACUCGGAGGAUGGGGAGUAUGGCUGACUAAGAUGGCAACGACUGUUGGUAUUGUAUUGUUGAGCUGUGCGCUUGUUCUGUGCUGUUUCCUUCCUUGUCUCAAGUCUCUUGUAGUGCGUGCUGCAAUCAAACAAUUUCCGAUGCUCGUGGCGAUUACUUAACCAAGCUUAGUGGAGAAAGAAACACCGAAGAAAUAUUGUUACAGCCUACAACGCCUGCAGGAUGAACAAGAGCAAAACGACAGUGUGGGAGUAGAUUCUUUUGUUUGCAGAUAAAGGCUUAAACUUCUCGAAGAAUCUUCUGUGUCUCCUGGUUAUUUCAAGAAACCACGACAGCAACUGACACUAGUUUAAAAGCUUUUGCACUAAGCACAGUGUAGUGUUUAACGGCUAUGCAAGGGCAUGCGUCUGAUGCUAGUAAGGAACUGUUUGGCAACAGUCUCCUGCUCCAAAAAGCGACAUAGUGUCCCAAUUAAACAAACGGAAUCCUGGCUAUUUUCUGGAUUAGUUUUUGUUCUUUAAGAG